AUGGAAUCUCACUGCACCUCUUCUGGAUGCCCACGUGCACCUGAAUACGUAUGCAAAUGCCAAGAUCCUCCAAGUUACCUUUGCGAGUCUCAUCUUUCUUGGCAUAUUGGCUCAAAGAGAAAAUCAGAACAUCGGGCAAUGAGGCUGGAAAAUUUAAAGCCGACUGAUUGCAAAGACUGCAAUAUCUGCAUGAAAAAAGCUGGACAGUGGCUUUGUCUCUGCAGAUUUCCUGGGGUAAAAUUAUGCAGUAAAUGCUAUGAUUUGCAUAUAGUCCAGUCUUCAGGAAAGCAUACAAGAGAACCUAUUGACGCUUUAGAUUUCAUCCAUGAAGAAAGCGAUAUACCUAAAUAUAUGGAGAAAUAAAAUGGUGACAUCGACAGAAGAUGGACUCCGAGGCACAGUCACUGAGGAGUAGGUAGGACCCGUCUCGAUACAGAUGAAAAUUGUGCCUCUGCCACUUUUUGAAGUAGGCCCUCUGGUUUGAGUAUGCCUGAUGAAGAGGGAAGUUACUUUUUUCCAAAGGUUUUUCCUCUUCCCGCCAGAUGAGUGAGGCAGGUUUGCCUCCAACUUAGUCUUUGCUUAUCAGGACUAAUGGGGGACUCUAAAGACGGUGGAUCUAACCUAGGGAGCUAAUCCUUAGGCUAGGUGUUUUUACACCAGAUAGGCAGGCUAGUGGUCUAUCCACUUAUGGCCUUAUAAUUUUAAUUUUAAAUACAUGGAAAGAAAAGAGAUGGUAGAUUCAAUACUCAAAAUCAUUCAUGAGAACAAUAAGGAAGCUGAAGAAAAGCAAAAUAUUUUGAAAAUUGCAGCUAGCAAAAUGAUGGAAAAAUUAAAAAAAUUCGUUGAUGAUAAGAAUAUGAGAAUUGAUUACUUAAAAAAACAGCUCAAAAAAUUGGAAGAAGAUGUGAGAGCCUGCAAAUUUAAAAAAAAUUUAGAAAACAAUUGACUAGAACCCUUUUUUAAAGACAGAGACUGGCAAAAGAUAUUCCAUGCAGUAAGAAUCGAAAUCCAAGAUGAUACAUUCGACGCCUAUAUAUCAGGUGUAUGCAAAAUCGAAACAGAAGCAAACUUAUUAAAAAAUAUAGAGACUCCAAGAGAAGAGAGGGAUCAGGAAGAAAGCAAAGACACAUCAGGGAUGUUCCAAAAAAUCCAGAGCUGUUAUAGUGAUAAUGGCCGUCAUAUGCAUAUGAAGUUAAAAUCAUUAUUUGAGUCUGCACUUCAGCCUUCUCGAAUUGAAAAAAUCCUUUCAAUUGAGCUCUCUAAUUGUAUGCUUGAAAACAAUGGAUCCAGAUGUCUUGCUCAACUCCUGCCAGCUCUUCCACAGCUGAAAUCGCUAAAUUUGAAUAGUAACAAUAUAGGCCCGUAUGGAGUUAAAGAACUUUGUCCAAGUUUUGUAUACCUGAAAAGCUUGGAAACACUUAUGUUAUCAUGAAAUAAAAUUGAAGUCAGAGGGAUGGAAGCUUUAAGUGAAGUUCUACCUGAGAUGUCGAGUGUUCGUAAUCUUCAUUUAUCAUGGAAUUCUCUUGAUUUUCAAGGUGCUAAAUUUUUAUCGACAGCUCUCCCAAAUCUUGAGCGCUUAGAAAGGCUUGAUUUAUGAAAUAAUCAGUUAGGUGAAGAAGGAGUUAGAUUUCUUGUCCUUUCACUUCCUUUCUUGAAGACCCUCAAAGUGCUUGAUCUCAAUAAAAAUGAUAUUGGCCCUCAAGGUGCUGACUUGCUUGCUUUAGUUUUACCCAAAUUGCCUGAGCUUCAUACACUGUCGUUAGCAGGAAAUAAUAUAGGUCCUGAGGGAAUUACAAAUUUAUCAAGAGCGAUAACUCAAGCAAAGAAAUUGCAGGUUAUAGAUUUAGCAAGGAAUGGUUUGACUGGAAGAGGAGCGAUGACAUUGAUGCCAGCUUUUCAGGGAUUGAGUAGAGCUACAACAGUAAUUAUAAAGGACAAUCAGUUAAGUGUUGAGGAUAGAAGAAGUCUGACUAGAGAAGCCUCUGUAAAUGGAAUUAAUCUAUGAUCUUUAAAUAUAAAUUCUUUAUUACAUAAAAUCUUCUUAUUAAUUUUUUAUUGGUUUCGCUCAUUUUUUUAAUAUAAAAAUCACUACUAUAAACUUAAACUUAAACGAUUAAACUAGCCAUAAACGGUAAGUCCAAUAGCCUUUGCCUUGUCUCAGCCCCAAAAUAGCCUCAUCCAACUUUCCGAUAACGAAAUCGGGAAAUCAGAGGUAGAAAUGUUUAUUUCGGUCUGAUCCGCCUGCCCAAGGGAUCAAUCAGCCUAGGGUAGUAGAGCCAGAGUCUAUAGAGUCUUCAAUGUUCUCAACAAGCGAAUACCAUGUGAGAGGCAAAACUUAUCUAGCUCAUCUGGCAGGGACAGGAAAACUUUAAGGGGAGAAACAAAACGUGCCUCUUCGGCAAGAAAUCCCCAAACCUGAAGGCCUAUAUUAAAAGGUGCAGAGGAACUGCUUUCAGCUUCAUCAGGAUGGCUAAUAUCUGCUUCAUUGAGGUGUGCAUCGGAGCUCACUUUCAUCAAUGUCAAUAUUUUAUUUUUACUACUAUAAGGAAUAUCUUAA